UGUGCUGCCAAGCCAGCCGAUUACGGUCACUUAUCAAACUGCCAGCACCGCUGCCAUGCCGCCUCACCAGACCCCCGAGGACGCCGAUGUCGCGAGCUCCAAGCAGCGCGUGGAUCUCAUUAUCUUCGCUUCUCACGUGAUCCCCGUGGUUCCUCGCAAUGUGGUGCUUUCGGACCAUGCAAUUGUCAUUGACAACUCGCGUAUCGUAGCUCUACUGCCGCGUGACGAGGCCCACAAGCUCUACGUUGGCACAGAAGAGCGUCACCUCUCCAACCACAUCGUCACUCCUGGUCUUGUGAACCUGCACACACACUCGGCCAUGACACUUCUACGUGGUCUGGCAGACGACAAGCCGCUCUGUGACUGGCUGAUGCAGGACAUUUGGCCCACUGAAGGAGCAUUCGUUGGCCCGGAGUUCAUCAAGGCUGGCAUGACCCACGCCGUGGCCGAGAUGCUGCGCUGUGGCACGACAUGUUGCAAUGACAUGUACUUCUUCCCUGACCAGAUAUGCGAAGUAUUGGAGUCUACGGGCUUCCGUGGGGCAGUGGGGCAGGUAGUCAUGGAGUUCCCGGGUCCGUACGGCUCUGGAGCCGACGAUUAUCUAGCCAAGGCCAAGCCGAACCUUGAGAAGUACGCACCUGGAUGUCACGACCUCAUCACGGUGACGAUGGCUCCUCAUGCGCCGUACACCGUCUCGGACAAGAGUCUGCAGCAGGCGUACGCUCUGGCUAAGGAGCACAAGGCCCGAGUGCACAUUCAUCUGCACGAGACGGCGAGCGAAUGCAACGACAGUGAAAGCCUCAACCGCCAGUCUAUGAGUUGCCACCAGAGCGAUCAGAAGCUGCGGCCAUUGGCCAACUUGAAGCGAAUGGGAUUGUUGUCCGAGCACCUCAUCUGUGCCCACAUGACACAGCUCACACCUGAAGAGAUCGACGACGUCGCUGAGGCUGGAGCUCACGUGGCUCACUGCCCGUCGUCUAACCUCAAGUUGGCGUCGGGUAUCGCUCCUAUCACAGCGAUGGUCGAGCGUGGCGUUAACGUCGGUAUCGGUACUGACGGAGCGGCCAGUAACAAUUCGCUCGACAUGUUCGGGGAGAUGAAAUUGGCUGCUAUUCUGGCCAAGGCGCAGACGUUGCAGAGCUCCAGUGUGCCUGCAGUUGAGGCACUGCAGAUGGCUACACUCAACGGAGCUCGUGCACUUGGUCUCGACAAGGAGAUCGGAUCUAUUGAAGUGGGGAAGCGUGCAGAUGUGAUCGCUGUCGAGUGCGACAGUAUCGAGAUGAUCCCCAUGUACAACGCUAUCAGUCACAUCGUGUACGUGGCUGGGCGUGAGCACGUCUCGGACGUCUGGAUCAAUGGCAAGCAUCUACUGGAUAGCCACAAGCUCACGACUAUCGAUGAAGACGUAGUGAAGAAGAGUGUGCGCGAGUGGGCGGCCAAGAUCUGCGCGCAUCGCGAGAAGAAGACUGAACCGUAAAGGGCACCUUAACGUGUAAAUACAGAGUUACGCAGCUGUAAAUUUAGAGUUUACAGUCUGGAUCACUGUAUCUUCCAGAUCUACUUUCGCAGCAGACCCAUGACAAGCUCCUCCAUGGGGAUCGAAUGGGCGAGAACAUCCACGAUAUUGUCCACUGUAUGGCCAAGUGUGUUUUCUCCUUCAUCCUCGCCCACAGCACGUUCUUCCAGAGUGUCGGCACAUCUCGAUGCGAUACGAACAGCAUCCGUGAGGUUUAGAGAGUGAGCUCCGAUGACCACCUGACAAUCCGGUAGUAAACCCGACGUUAACGUGGUAUUGAGGAGAGCUUGACACACAGAACUGGCACAGAAUCCUUCAGUCUGGUUGAGUGUGGGGCUCUCAAAGGACAGCAUCGAGUAGUUGCUGUCAGUCUGGCAUGUAGCGAAGUUGGGGUCCGAGGUAAUGGGUUCCAACACUUCGUAGAUCAUUUGAACGGAGCAGUUCUCAGCGUUGGCCACGACAGUCGAGAUAAGCAGCAGUAAGGCUGUCAGAAACAGCAUAGUGAAGACGGUGAUGAGAGUUGAACAGGUUAAAACGGAUAAUGAACAGGAUGAAAUCGAGACCGGAGACCUGGAGGAAUCAGCGGUAUCAUGGCAAACGUUAAGGUCGUGAUUCUACGAUCCCAGUUGUUGCAUCGAAUUAAUGCUCGAACAUCCCA